AUGUCCGAUGACGAUGCCGAUGGUGUAGUAGAAGAUGGCGACGGCGUAGACGAUAUCGAACUCUCGAUCGAGGAGGAGAUGUCUGAUGACGAUGCCGAUGCUGAUGGUGUAGUCGAAGACUGCGACGGCGUAGAUGAUACCGAACUCUCGAUCGAGGAGAUGACCGAUGACGAUGCCGAUGGUGUAAUAGAGGACGGCGACGGCGUAGAUGAUACAGAGCUCUCGAUCGAGGAUGAUGCACUGGUGCUAGACAGGCUCUGCGCUGACGAGCUGACGGAUGUAGAAGAGCUUGAAGCGGAGCUGGUUGACUCAGGCGCGGAGCUUGUGGAGGAGCUGACGGGUGUAGAAGAGCUCGUGGAGGAGGAGAUCACUGUAGAAGAGAUUGAAGCGGAGCUCGUGGAGGAGACCAGUGUAGACGAGCUCGAGGACGACAGACUUUGCGAAGAUGAUUGCGACAGGGAAGAGCUGCUGCUCGACCUGGCCGUUGAAGUCGAGGAUCUGGUGGUGGCAGAAGUACUGGAUGAGCUGACGGUGUUACACUUUCCAAAGCCCUUCUGGCAGGUUUUGGCAUCGCAGUAA